CCUUGGCGACUCGAGCCACAGUUUUGUUAGACUGGGGACGAGGCGCGCCGCCUUGUGGGAAUCGACACAGCCUCCGUUUCCCGUGGUGCCCUGGCUUCCGGCGCGUACCGACAGCGCGCGCGACCGCGGCCCAGUUGUCUAAGCAGCCAUGGACAGCAGCUUCGGCUCGGACUUCGGCGGCACGGGCGGCGGGAAGCUGGACCCGGGGGCCAUUAUGGAGCAGGUGAAAGUGCAGAUCGCCGUGGCCAACGCGCAGGAGCUGCUACAGAGAAUGACGGACAAGUGUUUCCGGAAGUGCAUCGGGAAGCCCGGGGGCUCCUUGGAUAACUCGGAGCAGAAAUGCAUCGCCAUGUGCAUGGACCGCUACAUGGACGCCUGGAACACCGUGUCCCGCGCCUACAACUCUCGACUGCAGCGGGAACGAGCCAACAUGUGACCGAGACCUGUGCCUCGGGACACCGUGCUCAUGGUCGGAACUGUUUUUCCUACCAGUAAAGGGCGGCUCCUUUCAGCCGUCCCGAAUUCUGGCAGCAUGGAGGGCUCGGGGAUCGAGGCCUCUCCCCUGGGCUGCUGCGUCCAGCUCAGUCUCAGAAGAGAGCGAGGACCCCUUCGAGCGCGGGGAUCUGGCUGGCUCCACUGACCUGUGACCUCGUGCGAGCAGGCCAAUAAACCGUUACUGGGGCAGAAAAAA